AUUUCGACCGAUGUGCACGUAUGUGCGCGCGUACUCAGCUGCUCGCUUCCCGACAGUCCAUCAGUCCAUGGCUCGUCCGGAGUCCGGAGGUUCGGCCGAAAAGUAGCUGCACUCACGUGAAGUCCGAGGAAGAAAAAGUGCUCUCUUUUCGCUCAACUGUACUGUUCUGCACUCGAGAGGAGGUGAACCGACGGAUCGGCGACGCGCGGGAAGAAGAGAGAGGACGAAGAUACGCGGGGUCCGGUCGGCCGGAGCAGAUUCCAGGGAAAUCGCGAGAAUCCUACCUUCGACAAGUACACGGGACGAGUUUGUUUCAGCCCUCAGCCCGCGAUACGAUGGCGACGACUACGCGUCGCUCGAGAGCGGCCGCACGUGGUCGGUUUUGAGGUUAGGCGGAGCGCGCGGCGGAG